CGUUGUUUGUCCCUCGCGAAGUGCUAAAGAAAGAACAGGGUGCCACGGGAGUUCUUCGCUUCAGACCAAUGGGAGGCUUAAAAUUUGUCGAAGGUGGAGCUUCUCCGGGUGCCGGCAAAAUUAGGCAGCUCUGAGCGCAAAAGGCGCUCCUGAUUGUGCAGCGCGCGAAGACGAAUGGAUGGCAGAAAGCGUCCCCGGGAUGGAGCUUCGAGCUCCGACUCCUUCUAUACCCCGAAGAAGCAGCUGGCUGACUGCCGCCCGCCCAUCCCCGACUUCAGGGAGUGGGAUGUUGAGGGAACGUGCCGGUUUCUGCGGGAAGAGGGGUUCGCCGGAGACCUCGAAGGGAAGUUCCGAGCGGAGAAGAUCACUGGGGUGUGCUUACCGUACCUCACGGAGCCGCAGCUAGAGAACAUGGGUAUCGGCCCACUAGGGGUGCGGUUGCAGCUUCUCUCCUCCUUGAAGAAGCUCUGGCAGAUAUUUGCUGAUGCCAUUAAGGUGUUCAAUGACCCCAUCCAUGGCCACAUCGAGAUGCACCCUCUGCUUGUGCGCAUCAUCGACACCCCACAGUUCCAGAGGCUGCGCUACAUUAAACAGCUGGGUGGCACCUACUUUGUUUUUCCUGGAGCCUGUCACAACCGCUUUGAGCACUCCAUCGGGGUGGGUCACCUUGCUGGCCGCUUGGUCCAGGCCCUGAACGAACGUCAGCCGGAGCUGCUCAUCAGCCCCAGGGACAUGCUGUGCGUGCAGAUUGCCGGCCUGUGCCACGACCUCGGACAUGGCCCCUUCUCUCAUAUGUUCGAUGGAAUGUUUAUCCCAAAAAUGCGUCCUGAUUACAAGUGGAAGCACGAGAUGGCGUCUGUGCAGAUGUUCGACCACAUGGUCAAGGUGAACAGUCUGGAGCCUGUCAUGAAGGAGCAUGGUCUGGUACUUCCGACGGACCUAUUGUUCAUCAAGGAGCAGAUUGCUGGACCCCUGGACCCCCCCCACCCAGGGACAGCCAAUCAGAUGGAAGGAUGGCCGUAUCAAGGUCGCUCAGAAGAAAAGGGCUUCCUCUACGAAAUUGUGGCAAACAAAAGGAAUGGCAUCGAUGUGGACAAGUGGGAUUACUUUGCCAGGGACUGUUAUCAUCUUGGGAUCCAGAACAAUUUUGACUACAGGCGCUUCCUCAAAUUUGCACGUGUUUGUGAGGUGGACAACAAGAAGCACAUCUGCACCAGAGACAAGGAGGUGGGGAACUUGUAUGACAUGUUUCACACCAGAAACUGCCUCCAUCGCAGGGCGUACCAACACAAAGUGGGGAAUAUCAUUGAAACCAUGAUAACAGAGGCUCUUGAGAAGGCUGAUAAGCACAUCAAGAUUUUAGGCUCUGGGGGCAAGAUCUUCUCCAUCUCCACUGCUAUAGAUGACAUGGAGGCCUACACCAAGCUCACAGACCAUGUGUUUGAGCAGAUCCUGUACUCCUCAAGCAAGGAGCUUGCUGAGGCACGGGCCAUCCUCAACAACGUCGUCGUUCGAAAGCUCUACAAAUGUGUGGGCCAGACGCAGCCCAAGCGGCCCCUGGACAUCACAAUGAACAACUUGCUUCAGUGGGCCAAGGAUGUUUCCGUUGCCAAGCCUCGUAGCGGCACAGACGUGACCUUUCAGGGGGAAGACUUCGUCAUAAGUGUUAUCGACAUGGACUAUGGCAUGAAGGAGAAGAACCCGAUUAAUAACGUGCGCUUCUACUGCAAGAAUGACCCCAGCAAAGCUAUCAAGAUCCGGAAGAACCAGGUCUCCCAGCUCCUGCCUGAGAAGUUUGCGGAGCAGCUGAUCCGUGUGUACUGCAAGCGGACGGACGCCAAGAGCUUGGAAGCGGCAAAGAAGUACUUUGUACAGUGGUGCAUCAACAAAGACUUCAUUAAGCCGCAGGAUGGGGAUGUGAUCGCACCUGAGCUCACCCCGCUGAAGGACAGCUGGGUUGCUGACGACAACAGCGAUGAUGACGGCAACUCCCAGGAUAAACACCACCACCCUUCCAGGAACGGCAUCCAUAGUGUAAAAGUCCGACUUUUCUAAACGGUGGGAGAUGUGUUUGAGAGGGGAGAGGGGGUGAGAGGAGCAGGUGACUGGGGGAGACUGCCACCAGAUGGAUAUGGAGUGAUAAAGAGAAGGGGUGGGCCUCUUCUUCAGGGUACUG